AUUGGGAAAGAAUCGACCUAUUGAGAGAGUUGAACUUUUCAACACGAGGAAUAGGAAAGUCAUUUGAUGUUGGUUCUUCUGUGGUAUCUAAACUUGUAAAAGAAAAAGAGAAACAGGAAAGAUUAAAGAUCGAGAAAGAUCCAGAUGUCUACGAAUUCUAA